GCGUGUUUACGUGGAGAGGAAGAUGGCGGCGCCGGUGGCCCUGCCACGGCAGCUGUCGUUGCUGUGAGGCGGGACAGAGACAGGACUGCGGUCGUGUGCGCCCCUGCUGAGGGGAAGGGGCAGGGUGGACCUCGCCUCCCGCCGCUGAUAACAUUCUGCUCUCCCGUAUAGGCGCCAUGGAGGACGAGGAGCGGCUGAAGAAGUUGGAGGCUGGGAAAGCCAAGCUUGCCCAAUUCAGGCAGCGGAAGGCACAAACUGACGGUCAGAAUGGAUCAAAGAAGCAGAAAAAGAAGAAGAAACCAGCAAACAUCAAAGAUGAAGAAUCAAUACAAGGUGGGAUUGAUACUGAUCGAUCUCGAGGUGAUGAAACGUCCUCAUGCAGCAGCUGGAGGGAAGCAGAUGCUACUGCUGACUUUGCUAUUAUUAGAACUUUGCAUAGUGGAGAAAUUAUCAGACACAACCAGACUUACACUAUUGAGCCGGAAAGUGAAAUUUCCACCACAGUAGAAGAUUACAGUUCUGAGGUAAAUGGUUGCAGUUUUGUGACAAGAACAGCUAUACCUGCAGACUUAAUCAGGGAAGAAGAAUUUGGAGAGAUUUGUUCUGAGCAUGGAAUGCAGCACUCCAACAUGCAGCUAGAGGUGAUGGAGAAUGAAUUGGCUGGGAAACAGCAAGAGAUUGAAGAGCUAAACAGAGAGCUAGAAGAAAUGAGGGCAGCAUAUGGUACAGAAGGAUUGCAACAGCUGCAAGAAUUUGAAGCUGCUAUCAAAAAAAGAGAUGACAUUAUCACUCAGCUCACUACUAACCUACAGCAGGCACGGAAAGAAAAGGAUGAAACUAUGAGGGAGUUCUUAGAGCUUACUGAACAAAGUCAAAAACUGCAAAUCCAGUUUCAGCAUUUGCAGGCAAGUGAAGCCCUAAGGAACACCAGCCAUAGUUGCACAGCUGCUGAUUUAUUGCAAGCCAAGCAACAGAUACUUUCACAUCAGCAACAGCUGGAAGAACAAGAAUGUCUGCUGAAGAAUUAUCAAACAAAGAAUGAAGAAUGUGAAGUGCAGAUUGCGUGUCUUCAAGACAAAAUCACAACAUAUGAGCUGGAAAUACACAAAAACGAGGGAGAAGAUUUGAGUAAACUGCAAGAAAAAGAAGCAUUAGUUGAAGAGCUGGAAGCAAAACUUGGAGAAGAAGAAAAAAAGUCAUUUCAGCUUAAGGAAAAAUUAUCAGAUGUCAGUAAAUUACUUGAAGAAUUGAAAGAACAGAUUUCACUAAAGAACCAGGAGAUAAGUAAUAUGAAAGUUGAACUUACCAUCUACAAACAGAAAGAAAGGCAAUGUUCUGAUGAAAUAAAACAAUUAAUGGGAACUGUGGAAGAAUUACAGAAACGAUGUUAUAAAGACAGCCAGUCUGAAGCUGACAUUGUGCAAAGAAUGGAAUUAGAAACACAAAGGAGACUGGCACAACUUCAGGCUGAAUUAGAUGAAAUACAUGGCCAGCAGAUUGUACAAAUGAAGCAAGAAUUAAUUAAGCAACAUGCAAUGGAAAUAGAACAGCGUCUUUUGCAACAAAAAGUAGAAUUGGAGAAAACUUCAAGUCUGUGUUUGAAUGAGAAUGUUAAUAAAGAUCAAAUGCAUUUAAUGAAUAUUAAGAUUAAUGAAUUGAGUAUGAAAUUGCAAGAUGCUGAUAACGAAAGGGAAAAAAUAAAGCAAGAAUUGUCACAACGGAUGGAAGUAAUUUCAGCAGAGAAGUCUCUUCAGCAAACCAAAAUUGAAGAUCUUUUACAAGAACUGAAUUUUUCAAGAGAGCAAGUUCAAAGAGCCAAACAAACUAUAGUGGAUAUGGAAUGUAGAUUAAAUGAAGCUGAAAAAUACCAGUUUUUGAUUGAAGAUUUAAAAAUUCAGCUGACUUCUGCCUCUGAAUUUAGGAAGGAAUUGGAAUUAAAACAUGAGGCAGAAGUCACAAAUUACAAAAUAAAACUUGAAAUGCUAGAAAGGGAAAAGGAUGCAGUUUUGGACAGGAUGGCAGAAUCACAAGAAGCAGAAUUGGAGAGAUUGAGAACAAAGCUUCUGUUUAGUCAUGAAGAGGAACUUUCCAGACUUAAAGAAAACUUAGAAAAAGAGCACAUGGUGAACAUGGAAAGCCUUAAAGAUAACUUGAAUAUGCACCAUAAACAGCAGUUAGAUGAGAUACAAAAUGCAAUGAGCCAAAAGAUAGACGCCAUGCAAUAUGAAAAGGACAACUUAAUCACAAAGCAAAAUCAGUUGAUACUAGAGAUUUCAAACCUAAAAGAUUUGCAGCAGUCUGUUGUAAAUUUGAAAUCUGAAGAAAUGACACUUCAAAUCCAUGAGCUGCAGAAGGAGAUUGAAGUGCUUAGACGAGAGGAAAAAGAAAAAGGUACCCUUGAACAAGAAAUUCAAGAGCUGCAGCUUAAAACUGAGUUGAUGCAGGAACAGAUGAGAGAGAGAGAAGAUAGUCUUAAAAAAAAAUGUUCAGAACUUGAAAGACAAAAUAACCUUCUUAAGGGGGAAAACAAAACUCUGGAAGAGAAAUUAAAAAGCAUGUUAGUAAACUCUGAAGAAAAUGUUAUUUUGAACAGCAGUGUUUGCUCUAACUCAGAAAAUUUGGACUUGCAAAAAAGAAUAGAAGAGCUGAUUACUGAAAAUGAGCAACUUAAAAACCAAAACAGUCAACUCCAAGAGGAUACAGAAAGGCAGAAGAGUGCCUUUGCAUUCACUGAGAAAAAGCUUGAAGAUAAUUAUAGAGAGCUGCAGAAAGAAUGUGCAGCUCUUCUGAAAGCAAAAACUGAGUUAGAAGAGAACAAGAAUAAGCAGGAAGCCGAAUAUAAAAACGAACUCAAAGCUUUGAAUGAAAAAUUUCACUACUUGCAAAGCAAUAGAUCAGUUUUAUUUAAGACUAAAACUUCUGGUUUUGAAGGGAGUAAAGAAACCAGGGUGUCCAGGGCAAACGUAUUUGAGACUGGAGAAGUUGUUGAGAAAGAUGCGAUGGAACUUAUGGAAAAGCUUGAGGUUACCCAGCGUGAGAACCUGGAAUUAUCCCUGAGACUUUCUGAUCUCUCUGAACAGUUGAAGUCAAAGCAUAGUGAAACUUGUCAUUUGACUGAAAAAGUUAAAUCCUUAAAAGAUGAGAAAGAACAAGUUCUAGCAAAAUGUAAAGAACUAGAAGUCAUAAUUAGCCAUGCUCAGAGAGGAAAUAGUAGUAGUAAUGACCCUAAGACAAAAUGCUCUAAAGGAAAUGCUCUAAAGACUGCUGCCGCAGCAUCUCAAAGUAGAAAUAAAAUCCCUGAUCCAAGGAAUAUAGUUGAUGAAGGAAUAAAUGUAAGAGGAAAUCUAGUUUCAGGUAAAAAUAUCAGUCAUGAGGUAGCAAAGAGAAAGGAAGUUGAACAAAUUUUGAAACCAGAACAACAGUCUCUUGUCGAACAUUUGCAUGGGAUGACAGACAGACUGACAGAUGAAACAUCGUUAGUAGCCAUUACGCAGAGUGAAAAUAAUAAUCUUCAGGAGCAAGUGGAUGCCUUAAAAUCAGAACAGACUGAUUUACAGCUACAGAUGGAAGCACAACGCAUUUGCCUAUCCCUGGUUUAUUCAGCUCACGUAGACCAGGUUCGUGAGUACCUGAAAGCAGAAAAAGAGAGUGCACUUUGCAGUCUUAAAGAGGAGCUUGUACGUAGACAUCUACAAGAGAUGAAUGAUCUUAAAAAAAUGCAUCAGCUGGAGCUCCAGACCUUGAAAAUUCAUCAAGCAGAUGAUGAAGUCAAAUCUACGCAAAGACUUAUAGAAAAGCUGAAUGAAGCUGUAACUGAGGAAUGUUACAAGUUUGCUCAGGUCAAAGCGCCAUGGCUGUCAUCUUUAGAAAGGAGGAAAGAAGAGGAACCUAGCCAUCUGGAAACAAGAAAUGAAUGUCUCCAGACCCCUUCACAGGGUCUAAUGGAUCCUACAAUUCAAGAAUACUGUUUGAAGGAGAUAAGGAGCCUUAAAACACAGCUUGAAGAACAGCAUGCUCAAGAACUGGAACACCUCAGGUCCUAUUUCCAACAGCAGCUGAAAGAAAGUGAAGAGAGAUACACUAUAGAGAUUGUCCAUUUGCAGGAUAAGCUUCAGAGUGCUGCGGUACCCUCUGACCACACGAGUGUAUCCACAGAUUCACAAAUAAAACUAAAACAAGCAUUCAGGGAAAGGAAGUUCAGUGAAAAUCUUCAUCAGCAAAAAGCAGAUGAAGCACCGGAGUGUGCUGGUGAAACUGAAAUGCAGAAUGAUCUGGAUGUUGUUCAGUUGCUAGAAAAACAGUACCAGGAAAGAUUAGAAGAAGAAAUAGCAAAGGUCAUUGUGUCAAUGAGUGUAGCAUUUGCCAGACAGACUGAAUUGUCGAGAAUUGCUAGGCACAAGGAAGAAGCAGUACUAACACAGAUUGUACAUAAACAGAGAAUGCAUUUUGAAAUUAAAAAGCAACAUAAUGAAGAAGAGGUUGACGACCCUUUUAGAAAAGCAACAGAAGAUGGCAGUAAGCCUGAAGGAGAAUUUAAAUCACUUUGCAAGGAACUCGGUGAAGAGUCUGGAGAGAUCAACUCCCUUGGAGAACAGUUUCAUUGUAAUAGCAAGUCUGAUUGCAUGUUAGGACAGACCACACAUGAUUCAGUGAUUUCUGAAGAACUUUUUUCACAUGUCAAAGGGCUUAUGGCAGAAGAAGCACCGCACUGCAUUGAGAUGAUGGCAUCAGACACAGAAACAUCAAGUCAGCUGUUGUUAUAUGAGGAACGUUUGGAAGACAUGCGACAGGAGCUAGUACGGCAAUACCAGGAACAUCAGCAGGCAACAGAGUUAUUGAGACAAGGGCAUAUGCAGCAAAUGGAACAUCAAAAAGAAAACCAAGAACAACUCUUAGCAGAGAUUGAGAGUCUUAAAGCACAAUUAGCUGAGCAUGUCUCAAUGGAGAAUGACAGCCUGGUUGCAGAGAGAGAGAGAAAGCUUUUAGAGGAACUGGAAUCAUUAAAACAACAUUCUGUAUCCGGAAAAGAGAGGCUGUUUUGUGAGCUACGAAACAGCAGCACACAAACAGAGGAUGAAAAUGAAAACCAAAACGAUGUGAGAGAGCAGAUCUUUGAGGAUGAAGAUGGAGGAAGAAAACAUGGUGAAAUGUCUUCAGCUCUACUUUCUAAAGAAAGGCAUGUUUUGCAGAAGGCUAAUGAGAAACUCAUGAAGAUUCUUUUAGAAGUUGUGAAGACAACUGUGGCCAUGGAGGAGACAAUUGGUCACCAUGUUCUUGGAUUACUGGAUCGGACUGGGAAAGUCCAGCUUUCCAAACCAGCUGGAUGGGACACAGAAACAGAGGAGUCCAUAAAACCCUGUAUCCGUGUGGGAUAUGAAAAAGAGUCCUGUUCUUCAUAUCAUGGUGGUAGCAUGGGAAGUGAUGAAAUUAACAUGUGGGCAGGAGCAACAGAUGAAGGACUACUGAGCCAGCAUCUUGCAGAAAGUGGAGUGGAAAUAGAUCCUGAAAAUGAAGAACUCAUUCUAAAUAUCAGUUCUCGACUACAGGCGGCUGUUGAAAAGCUUCUGGAAGCUAUCAGUGAAACUUCAAAUCAGCUUGAGCAUGCUAAAAUUACUCAAACAGAGCUCAUGCGAGAGUCCUUCAAAAAGCAACAAGAGGCCACAGAAUUUAUGAAGUAUCAGGAAGAAUUACAAGAACGUCUUAAUGAAGAAACCAAAGCCAGAGAGCAGUUGGCCUUGGAGCUUAGUAAAGCUGAAGGCCUUAUUGAUGGUUACGCAGAUGAAAAAGCGUUUCUGGAAAAACAACUCCAGGAAAAAACAGAUGUAAUUGACCAUCUUGAGCAAGAACUACUGUGUACAGGUAACAAAUUGCAGGAGUUAGAGGCUGAACAGCAGCAGAUCCAGGAAGAAAAGGAGUUACUCUCCAGACAGAAGGAUGCCAUGAGAGCAGAUGCGGGGCCAGUCGAGCAGCAAUUGCUGGAGGAAACAGAAAAGCUAAUGAAAGAAAAAAUUGAAGUACAGCGUCAAGCUGAAAAAGAGUAUGAUGACCUUCAGAAGCAAGUGAAAGUCUUGGAAAUAGACUUGGAGGAACAGGUCAACCGUUUCAUAGAGCUAGAGCAAGAGAAAAAUGCAGAACUAAUGGACAUAAGGCAGCAAAACCAGGCUUUGGAGAAGCAACUUGAAAAGACAAGAAAAUUUCUAGAUGAGCAAGCAAUUGACCGAGAGCACGAGAGAGACGUUUUCCAGCAAGAGAUACAGAAGCUGGAACAACAGCUUAAGAUUCCACAAAGGAUUCAGCCUGUCAGUGAACAUCAGAGCAGAGAGGUUGAACAGUUAACAAAUCAUCUAAAAGAAAAAACAGACAAAUGCAGUGAGCUUUUGCUUGCUAAGGAGCAACUUCAGAGAGAUAUAGAAGAGCGAAAUGAAGAAAUUGAGAAACUAGAAUACAGGAUAAGAGAACUGGAACAAGCCUUAAUCAUCAGUGCAGACAACUUGCAAAAGGUGGAGGAAAGGAAACAAUUUGGCACCAUCAUAGUAAAGGGAGAAUUACCUCUUGAAAUACAGCUGCAAGCUGAACGAGAAGCUGUGGACAGAAAGGAAAAGGAGGUCACAAACCUUGAGGAACAACUGGAGCAGUUUCGAGAGGAGCUAGAAAAUAAAAAUGAAGAAAUUCAGCAACUGCACAUGCAACUGGAAAUUCAGCGAAAGGAGUCCACUACACAUUUGCAAGAACUUGAACAAGAGAACAAAUUAUUUAAGGACGAAAUGGAAAUACUGGGACUAGUGAUCCAGAAGUCUGAAGAUGCCACCGUAAAGGACCAUCGCUUAGUGGCUGGGAGGCUCGCUCACGUCAUGCAAGAAAAGGAGCAGGAAAUAGAUCAUCUUCAUGAGCAAAUUGCAAAACUGCAGCGGCAACUUGAAGUCACAACUGACAACAAAGUUAUUGAAGAGCAAAAUGAGCAUAUACGGGAGCUUGAAGCCCAGGUAGAAUGUCUGAAAAGUGAUCAAGAACGUGUCAAGAAAAAAAAUUAUGAGGAAGUAGAGCAGUUGAAUGAUGUAAUUGAAAAGCUUCAGCAGGAGCUGGCAAAUAUUGAGCAAAAAGUACCUGCAGACAUUGGUGCUUUUCAAGAAGAUGCUGACAGUCUGAAGCACACACUUGAAAUGGUUCUGGCAGAAAAAGCAGCUUUGGAGAAACAAGUAGAAGACAUGAAUGUAGAGGCGUCUCGAACAAAGAAUGAGCUUGAGGAAACGAUCUUAAAAAUGAACAAGCUAAAGCAAGAAAUAAGUAUGUUAAAAAAAGAGCAUGAAAGAAUAACAGCGAAGUAUAAGUGUGCACGGAUGAAAGGCGACAGGGAAAAAACACAAGACAGGAGCAAUGGGAAAACUGAAAAAGUGGAUGAAGGCUCAUGUGAGAAGAUAGACUUGCCAGAUCAAACCCAGUGUAGGUCCCCAGAUGAAAAUACAAGAGUCACCAAGAUGGAGGUACAACUGCAGCAACUUCACGCAUGCAUUAAGGAAAAAGAUUCAGAACUGUGCCAGUCCUACAAGGAAAUACAAGACUUGAAAGAGCAAGGCGAAGCUGAAAGAGAAACACUUAAAAAGAAGAUACUAGAACUGGAAAAGGCACUAGUAGAAAAAGUCGCUGCUGCUCUUGUGAGUCAGGUUCAGCUAAAUGCAGUUCAAGAGCAAAGAAAAUUCAUGCAGGAAGUUCAGAAACCUUCAAAAUAUGUGGAGGAAGCAAGUAAGGAUGCCCAAACAGAGAGUUUGAGUAGUAGAACUGAAAACGAGAUGGAAUCAAAAUUAUCACUCUUAACACAGAGGCUUAGUGAGAUGGAGGACCAGCUGGCAACAGUAAAUCAUAACUUGGAGCUAGAAAAAGAAAAUGUAAAAAUUGCACAAAAGGAAGCUAAAGUGAAAGAAGACAGGCUCUUAGAACUUGAGCAAUUAUUAGUAGUAGUUCAAGAAAAACACAAAGGAGAGAUUCAGAAAUGCAUUAAGCAAGAAGAAAUACAGAUGCAUCAGGUAGGAUCACAACUCAUGGAAAGUCAAAAAGAAAAUGUGCUUAUUAAGGAACUCGAACUAGAGGCAGCGGCUGCUAAGGAAGAACUGAGCAGUUACAGAGAAAAGGCAGAAAAACUUCAGCAAGAACUAGCAGUAAAAGAAGCAAGUCUGAUGCAUCUUCAGAAGGACCUGUGCAAAGUCAAAGAGAACCUGGUUCAAGCAGAAGAGAGGCUUGCAAGUUACAUGAGCAAGGACAAGGAAAAGUCCAAACCUGAAAGCAAAAAGGCUGCAGAAGUAUCGUGUGAUUGGUCAACCGGUGAGUCUACUCUGAUUAGAAAAAGCUCAUCGUCACAAACAGACAAGACUGUGGAAGUUGACAGCUGUAUCCAAACUUCACCAGUCCUAGUUAAAAAUGCAGAAAUCCAAAUUGACUUGCAAAAUGGAUGUUCUUCAGAAGAGAUUGCAGAGAUCAUAAGAGAAUUUACUGAAAAAAUCGACCAAAUGCAAGAACUGCAUGCUGCUGAAAUCAUGGACAUGGAGACAAGGCAUAUCUCUGAAUCUGAAGCAUUAAAGAGAGAGAAGUUUGUUGCAGUGCAAGUAUUGACUGAAGAAUGUAAUUCUUUAAAGGAACUCAUAGAAUCUCUACGAGCUAAAGAGGGAAUUCCAGUUUCUGGAUUAGCACGUUCUCCACUGUAUCAAGGUAGAGACGGAGGUUCUAGUGACUCCAGUUCAGACUGGAGUCAAAGAAUGUAUCUUGCUCAGACCCAGGAAUCUGACACGAUAUCUGAAGGAAUAGAUGAAGGUGAAACUUCAACAGAUUUACUUCCAAAAAAAAUUAAGGGUUUGCUGAGAGCAGUCCAUCAUGAAGGCAUACAGGUGCUGUCUCUCACUGAAUUUCCAUGUGGUGAGAGAGAGAUGCCACCUCUUAAGCAAGAGCCAGGGUCUUGGCUUGAGGAACGGAAGGCUUUUCUAAGCACCGUUUCAUCUUUGAAAGACCUGAUUGCAAAACUGCAGCUUCAUAGAGAAGCUGAGAUUUAUGCUGAAUCUCCGGAAGGCAGCUCAGACUGGCGAGGAGAACUUCUGCAAGCUGUUCACCAGCUUUUUGUGAGGGAACAAAAUGUUCUUCUUGCUGCAUUUCAAACUGAACUGGCAGAACUGGGCGUAAGAGACGCAGUGACGUUGAUGAAUCAGUUAGAGCACAGACUACAAGAGCAGGCCACUAACCAGAGAGCAGCAAUGGACUAUCUUCAAAGCGCAGACAGAAGAAGUUUGCUGAUGGAGAUUCAAGUGUUACAUGCUCAGAUGAACAGUAAGAAAAAUAAUCCAAAGAGAGAACAAGAGAUUGAUUCAAAAAGCCAAGAAAUGCUGGAGUAUAAUAUGCAGCAGAAGCAGUCACAGAUACUGGAGAUGCAAGUGGAGCUUCGGAGUACAAAGGACAGAGCAGCUGAGCUUCAGGAGCAGCUGAAUUCAGAGAGAAUGGUGGGUGCUGAGCUGAAGAAUGAACUGGCACAAGCCAAACUGGAGCUUGAAACAACACUUAAAGCACAGCACAAGCACUUCAAGGACCUAGAAACCAUCAGGACUGAAGUUAAAGAAAAAGCAGCUGAGCUAGAUAUUCUCAAGGAUACCAUGGCCAGCGAACAGAGAAAAUCGAGAGAGCUACAGUGGGCUUUGGAAAAGGAAAAAGCUAAAAUGGAACGCAGUGAGGAAAGAGGAAGAGAAGAGCUUGAGGAUUUAAAAUUUUCACUUGAAGAUCAAAAACAAAGGAACUUGCAGUUAAUUAAACUUUUGGAGCAAGAGAAACAGCUGUCAACUGAUCUGCAGCAGAAAAUUGAAUCCCAAAAAGCACUCAGUGCUGCCCAGCUGUCACGUGAACAAGGCCGUAAUUCUGAGUUGCAGGUGCUUCUUGAAUCAGAGAAGGUUCGAGCUCUUGAAAUAAGCAGUGCCCUAGAAAGGGAAAAAGAGCUAUGUGCUCAGCUUCAAAGGGCCGAAGAUAAGGGACAAGCUGGAACACCUAAUCCAUCUGAGGAAUUACUUAAAGAGCUACAGAAACAAAUGGAUGAAAAGCAUGACCGUAUAGUGGAGUUAGUAAGUGAGAUGGAGAAGUACAAACUGGAAUCUGUGCAAGUGAGACAGCAAAUGGAAAAGGAAAGGCAGAUCCAGAGGAAAGCAUUGCAAGCAGAACAAGAUGCUAACAUAAUAGCACAGAAGAAACUCCAUGAACUGGAAUCCAAAGUAGAAGACCUUCAGUGGCAACUUGGAGAAAAGAAGCAAGAAGUUCAUAAAUUAGGGAAUGAAACAAAGAAGUUGCAGGAAAUAGUCCAAGAACUACAGAAAAAAGAGCAGGAGAAUGAAGGAAGAAAGGAAGCCGAAAGGACGCCAAGCCACAAUCCAAACGAGAAUACCUGGGACACGCCCAAUGAGAGAACAAGGAAUUGGGUUCUCCAGCAAAAAAUGGAAGGAGCUGAGACAAAUGAAUCAACCUACCCCACGCUGAUGGGAGGAGGAGAUCUCUCUGCUGCUACUGAAAUUCUGGAAAAUGUCAGACAGAAGCUGCAAAACGCAUCUCCAAAGCUGAAGCAGUUGGCUCGGAAAGCUGCCAGCAGAUUACAGUUUGAAACAGCAGAUGAUCAAGACUUCAUUGUGAUACAAAAUGCUAUUGAUGGAGUUAUUUCAGAGCUGCAAAAACUGCCAGGAUUGUCCUGUCUGGAAGAGCUGAAGCUGGGGCUGCCACACGGGACUCCGUCUGGCUCAUUGACUGAGAGGCUGCUGAGACAGAACGCUGAGCUGACGGGCUUUGUCAGCAGGCUGAGUGAAGAAAAGAAUAAUUUGAGGAAUGCUGUUAUGAAACUGGAGGAAGAACUGAGAAGAUACCAGCACAGACAACCUUCUGGAGACUACUCUUCUAGACACUCAUUGGAUGUUGGAGUUAAUAUCGAUACUCUUGUUGCCUCUGAGAAGGAAAUUUGGAACAGAGAAAAGCUGUCACUGCAGAAAUGUUUGAAGCAAGCUGAUGCGGAACUCUCCAAGCUGAGAGCAGAGCUCAGGAGCGAAGCUUUCCUCGGAGAACUGGGAUCAGAUUCUGAAAAUGCUGUUUUAAGGAGAAUUUAUGGCAAAUACCUACGAGCAGAGAGCUUCCGGAAGGCUCUCAUAUAUCAGAAAAAAUAUUUGCUCCUGUUACUAGGCGGAUUCCAGGAGUGUGAAGAAGCCACGCUGGCCCUCAUUGCACGAAUGGGUGGGCAGCCUUCCUACACAGACCUUGAAAUCAUCACACACCAUUCCAAGGGCUUUACAAGAUUUCGCUCUGCAGUCAGAGUGUCCGUCGCAAUUUCAAGGAUGAAGUUCCUGGUUCGUCGAUGGCAGAGAGUUACGGGUUCUGGUCUACUAAUUAUCAAUAGGGAUGUCUUUAGCCAGAACACAGGUAAUGAAUUACGACCCGAUUCGUUCUCUGGUGGCGUGGAUCCUUAUGGAGAACAAAGGCAUUCCUACAGAUCCAGGUCAGACAUGGGGUCUCCUAGUUCUCCUGUGAACUUUCAACAUAAGUUCCACAGUGUGCACACCGAUAUAAACCCCGUCUCUUUCACCUGCUCUCAGCUGCAGAACUACGAUCCUGAAAGAGCUCUAACAGAUUACAUCCACCGGCUGGAGGCCCUGCAGAGGAGGCUGGGCAGCGUGCAGUCAGGGUCAACUUCGUACACUCAGUUGCACGUUGGUGCGAGGAGAUAAUACCACCCUCCGUCACUGGCAGUGGUGUUAAGGGAUUGCCUUCUGCAAACCUGUGCUCUUCCUGUGCUGUUGUAUGAUGUGUAUAUUGUGGGACCAAUAUGAACACAGCUGGACAACUGCACGCUGUUCCAUCCUGGCACACCCACGCAGACAGUGGUUUGUGUAUAUAGGCACUUUGUCUUCAAAGAAACAAAAACAAAGAAGAAAAAAAACCCAAAACCAAUCCCCCUGCCCCCCAUUAAAUUACAUGUAUAUUUGUGGAACGCUAAUUUAAAUGAUUAACUUAUGAAGUGUGUAUUUAUCAAAAGGGUGCGAAGAUGAAACUUGUGCAUUGGUGAAAUUGAGCAACAUUCAGCAAAGUUUACUUGCACUUUUUCUGGCAAGGCUACUGAAGUUACGACUCGUAAUAUUUGCUACUGGCAGUGCAGACAGAAUAUCACUUGUAGAGACCUAUUUUUGUAAUGGUAGAAGUUUUGAAUUUUAUGGGUAUUUUGUCAAAGUACUGAAAUAAAGAUGACUUCAUGCUUUUAA